UUUUUUUUGGCUUGACUUGCGUUUUCAUGUCCUCCAAACUGAAGCGAUUUUACGAUUUGUAGGAGUUUUGGACACCGCUUACAACAGUAGACCUAUAGUGAUGGCGGGGUUCAUGUGUCUGCCACCUAGUAAAGAGCUUCAUGCGGAACAAACUGCGAGCGAGACGCACAUCAAAGAAGAGGAGACAGGAGACACUGGAUGGCAACAGGAUGGACAAGAGAACGUGCUGUGCAAGGAAACAUACAACUACCAACCAACUGGACAAUCUUGGAGCGAGACUUACAACAGUUGGGAGCAGACAACUGACACGGGACGGCAGCAGGACGAGGAAAGGGACGUUCUAAACGACGAAACGUGCGGUGUAAAAGCGGAAAUGGAAGAGUCCAGCUGUGAGCUUUCUUCUGGAGAACUGUGUACUGGGCAUCCUGUGAAUUAGAUGGGCCAUUCUGGGAAGACGCCAUUCCGUACAGAACACCCUGGGAAGGAGAGUGACAGCAGGGAUACCCAGAUAACAGACAUGGACCUGCAGCAGGAAACGUGUGAUGUGAACUUUCCCCAACCUGACAAUACAUCAACAAAACACACCGGUGAGAAACCCUACAUGUGUGGCGAGUGCGGGUAUAGGGCGACAAAAAUGUUUGAGUUAGCAAGGCAUAUGAGAACUCAUACAGGAGAAAAACCUUACAAGUGUGACCAGUGCGACUAUUCUGCUGCACAAAAAGCCAACUUGGACCAGCACAUAGCAGCAAAACACAGUGAGAGACCCUACAUAUGUGGGAAGUGUGGGUUCAGAACUGCUUAUAAGGACCAUUUAUCCCAACACAUGAGAACACAUACAGGAGAAAAGCCGUACAAGUGUGACCAGUGUGACUAUUCUGCAGCCCAGAAAUCUGCUUUGUACAAACAUCAGGAGAAACACACAGGCGGAGGGCGCUACGUGUGUGACGUGUGCGGGUACAGGACACCCGAUAAGUCUGGUUUUUCCCGACAUAUGAGAACCCACACAGGAGAAAGACCUUACAAGUGCGACCACUGUGACUUUUCUUCAGCGCGGAAAGAUUAUUUGAAGAAACAUGUAGCAAACCACACCGGUGACAAACCCUUCAUGUGUGUAGAGUGUGGGUACAGAGCCUAUACUAGGUCUGUCUUAUCCGUACAUAUGAGAAAGCAUUCAGGGGAAAACCCCUUCAAGUGUGACCUGUGUGACUAUUCUGCAGCACGGAAACUCACUUUGGAACAACAUGUAAUGAAACACACCGGUGAAAAACCCUACAUGUGUGACCAGUGUGGGUACAGGACAGCUUUCAAGUCAUAUUUAUCCCAACAUAUUAGAACCCAUACAGGAGAAAAACCGUAUAAGUGUGACCAGUGUGACUAUUCUGCAGCGCACAGAUCUGCUUUGCACAGACAUCUAGCAAAACACACAGACGGAGGGCGCUACAUGUGUGACGUGUGCGGGUACAGGACACCUAAUAAGUCCUGCUUAUCCCGACAUAUGAGAACCCACACAGAGGAAAAACCCUACAUGUGUGGGGAGUGUGGGUACAGGUCAGCGAAAAAGUCCGACCUAUCAAAACACAUGAGAAACCACACAGGAGAAAAACCUUACAGGUGUGACCAGUGUGACUUUUCUGCUAUAGAUAAAUCCAAGUUGAAACAACAUCAAGUAAAACAUACUAGCGAGAAACCUUACAUGUGUGGGGGGUGUGGUUAGGGGACAGCUUAUAGGUCUCACCUAUCCAGACAUAUGAGAACCCACUCAGGGGAAAAAACCUACAAGUGUGACCAGUGUGACUAUUUUGCAGCAGAAAAGUAUCAUUUGAUCGAUCAUCAAACAAAACAUACCGGUGAGAAACCCUACUUGUGUGAGAAGUGUGGGUACAGGGCGGCUCAAAGAUCUACCUUAUCCCGCCACAUGAAAACACAUACAGGAGAAAAACGCUACAAGUGUGACUAGUUUGACUAUUCUGACUAAUCCUCUUUUAAUCAACGAUGUAAGAAAGCACACCGGUAAAAGACCUAAAUGUGAGGAGUGUGCGGGAACACAACUCAAAUUUCUGUACAGCAAGUAUAGAAGAAACCACAGUAUUUUAACUUAUCAAUCAGCUUGACUACUCCGUUGCUACGAAAUCUCACCGGCUUAAUCUCCUUUUCAGAAGACAUACGAA